ACAUAUCUAGUUACCUACCAGGUAGUGGACGGUUCCGAUUUUGACGGGCUUGUGGGUAGUAAUCAUGGCCGAACCUAUGUGGCAGGAGAACGAAAGUCAACAUCUGCUAAAAAGUGGACCGUUUCUCACAAACAGCUAAUGUGGGAUCUGAGUGACACUUGCUGACAAGAGGAGGCAGAAUAUUCCGGAGUGUAGAAUAGACUCGCACAUUACAGUAACGCUAUCACCAAAGUCAAGAAACGGAAACAAAAUGGCUUCAGGCAACUUUGCUCCCAUGUUGUCUUCUUCACCCCCUCCAUUAGAGGAAGGCCAGUCUAUGACAGAUGAUUUUGAUGAUGAUGACUUUGGAAACUUUUCAAGUGCGGUAGACUCGUUCUCUCCAGGGCAGAACGACUCCUUCACAUUCCAACCUGUCAAGGAAGGCCAUGGAGUUGAUGGGGAUGGCAUCAAGGAUGGCCUGGAAAAUGGAGGAUGGGCCGCCUUUGAGAGCCAUAAGUCUGAUACAUUUCCUGUUCAGAACGGUCCGAUCUCUGUCAAUGACUCAACUGCCAACGGAUUAGAAGCCCAGGAGGGUGAUUUGGAGCCAGAGAGCCCGGGCAUGAUGGGUUCAGGUGCAAUGACAGGAAGCGUUGUGCAGAGCACUACAGAUGAUGACUUUGGGGAUUUCAGUAGUGUACCUUCUUCAGAUGUAAGGACAGGAUUUAGUGAUGGACAGGAAAAUGUUUCCCUCAAGGAUGCACCUGUAAUGACUAAUGGAAGCGAACAAGGCUCAGCUUCAGCAGAGUUUGGCAAUUUCUCAGGAUUGCAGGAAACCAAAAACUCUCUCACUACAGGUACAUCAAAAGGGGUGUCAAAUGCUGCAAAAGAGAAUUCAAGCCAUGAACACACAGACUUACCGAUGGUAGAGGAAUUAGAUAGACAGUCUCCAACAGAUUGUGCCACAACUGUUAUACAACACACAGGUGAGGAACAAAGUCAGGUUAAAUCAGCUGGUGCCUUUCCUAAACACAGUCCUGGUGAUUCUGACUGCAGGUCCUCAAAAACUGAGGUUGGGGAGGGGGGCAGUAUGGAAAUUCAGGCUGAAGUGUCAGAACCAACUGCAAAACAGCGUGAAGGUCAUCUCAAUGACUCUAAUUCCCAUGCUGAACAAACUGUAACCUGCCCUGCAGAAGAUAAAGUAGGAGACUUUAAAGGAAGUGUGUUGGAAGAGGCAGAAGCAGAUGAAUUUGGAGACUUUUCCAAACCCUCAUUAGGGAAACCUUUAGAUGUUAUAAACGAAGAACUGCCCUGUGACAAGGAGGAGGAUGAUGAUGGCUGGGCAAAUUUCAGAGGCCCUACCGGGGAGUUUGGUAGUUUCUCUGACUUUACUUUAGUAGGUAAAAGACCAGACGAUGGGAACGUAGACCUGUAUAGUAAUGUCAGUGACUGGGGUUCCGCCAGUGAUUAUUCCAGACAAGACGAUGAAUUCAGUGACUUUGCCUCAACUCAGGAAACGCCCCAAGAUGAAACUUUACCCAUAGAUUCCCUCUCAGAAGAAGCCUGUCCAUCCGGGAGCGCCAGACAGGAUGGAGAAUUUGUGGAAUCUGAUGUUCUGGCAGCACAGGGAGAAGAUGUGCAAAUUAGACCUUCUGUUGACCAAGACAUAACUUCCCAAGAUACCAGCGUUGUUGGGAAAAGUGUAGAUGACAGUGCUGAACCAACAGCUGAUGGUGAUGAAGAAGACGACUUUGGUGAUUUUACAUCUACUGAACAGCCAUUGUCUGCUGAUACAGCUGCUGAGGACUUUUCUACUGGAAAGUCAGAAGAUGUGAGAACUGAUGACUUUGGUGAGUUUUCAGCACCAGGGCCAAGUGCUGAAGAUGGUGACUUUGGUGAGUUCAGCACAGGUGACAGUAAGGAGGAUGACUGGGCCUCUUUCUCGGGCCCAUCAGACUUUGGGGAGUUCUCCCAAGGCCAGGAGAAGUCUACCAAAGAAGAGGACACGUUUGGCUCCUUUGCCUCUACUUCAGGACCUGAGUUUGGAGACUUUGGUGGCUUCCAACAAACCAGCACUUCUGCCAGUACUUCUAAGGCUGGCAGCCAGGCAGGCGAUGCGUUCCUGAACUGUUUCCCUGUGAAACAUCUGGGGUCGUCAGAAGUUCUGCUGGAGCUGCUGCUGGACAUCAUCACCAAACAGUCAGCACUGACUGGACCUGACAGCAAGGGCAAAAAGACUACCCCACUGCAUCUAUGGGAUAGCCUAAAGGACAUAGACAGCACUCAUGCCCUCAGCUUCACAUGGACACAGUCACAGGAGCGGGAGAGACUACUGUGCUCUCUAGGGGUGGAUACACGCAAUAUUUUGUUGCCUGGAAAGAAGGCUUUACCGGCCUACGCUGCCAGCUUGGGAAUGCUGGAGCCAACCAAAGGUCCCUUGCAGCCAGUGUCUGCUGCUGAGAAGAUCACCUCCCUCACCGUGGAUGAACCAGUUCAGCUCAAGGACAACAGCAAGGAAUCCAUCCCACCUGCAGAGUUUGACUGGGACAGUAGUGGACUCGUCAAUCCCUUGGAUGUGUUGCAAUAGGGACAACAGAACAUUUCAAGACUAAUUAGAAUUACGCUGUAAUCUCAGUGUGUCGUUUAAGAGUUGACACUUGAGUCUUGAGCUAGUCAAGUCAGAGGGUAUAAUUAGCCUCCCAUAUUGUUACAAUAACAAAGGUGUAGAGAGCACAUCUUACACUAGUAGGAGUCUUAUCUAGUUUAGAAGGUUUGGUUAUGCGGUGUCUUCCCUUAAGCACAAAAUGUUUCAAUGCUAAUCAUGUUAAUGUCAUAUCAUUAGUCAUGAAAAAACAUACACGCUGCACUAUUGUACCUGAAGUGGGACCUACGUUGACUAAUUGAUCGUUUAAGUGCAGCAUGUAAGAAGCUACAGAAACAUGUGUCGUGUCGAUCUUAGAUGUAUGUUAUUGUCAGAUGUGAAAAAGAAUAAUAAGAACACAGCAUUUCUGUUAUUGUAAAUGUACAUGCAGAUUUUUUUCAGUUGUGCAGGAUUUUUUGUCUUUUUUCAUUUGAACAACACUCCUGAUCCAUCCCUUAAACUGUCAUGUGAUAACAUGAAAUAGGACAUACCUGUAGAAAAAACUGCAGGGACAGUAACAUACAAAAGCAAAGUAAACCUUAGUCGUUAAGCUUGUUCAAAAUUGUCGUCAUUGCAUGUUCAUAUCUAUUAAUUAUUCUGCACAUGUACACUGUACAUAAAGUGUAGGGUGGUCUAUGGUACCAUGCAGUGAUAUAAGCUCACCGGACUGGUGAUAAACAAGCUUUAACAGCUGUGUCCUUUUCCAUCAUAGGCUGAGUCAUGCUGGAAUUUGCAUAUCAAAAAUCAUAUCUGCCAGUCAUAAUGACAAACUUGUAAAACAUCACGACAGUAAAAUCUGAAUGAGCAGAUCUGUGCAAA